AUACAGACCGUGCGCGCAGACCAAAUGUGAAUAUUCUUCAGCGCUAUUGUGCGCGUCUACGAUAAAGGCACAUUAUCGGAGAAGUUAACGCAGUUUUACAAAUUUAUAAAUUAGAUUCCUGUUGUUUGGAGUUAAAGUGCCCUAAAGUGAAAACAUAGUUAGAUAGUUCAGUAUAUAUAUAUAUGAUUAAUUACUUAUAUAAAAUAAAGUGUGAAGUGAAAGUAUUUUGUCUACUAGUGGGUAAAAGUGCACUUUGUUUAUAGAAAACGUGUCGGCUGGUGGGAAUCUGAAUAAAUGUGAACAGAUGUAUCCGUAUUAGAUCACUGCUUGAAACAGGUUUAAAGCCACAAACCAAAGUAAGGGAGGGUGAAGAUGGCGCAGUUAACCCUAAGGUUCCGGGUGGUGGAGAGGAACGAGCGGGGGCAGGAGGUCGAGCUCGUCAGGAAAGCUCUUCAGUUCAACCCCCAGACGACGGUGGUGGAUGCUGGGAGUGCUCUGAGGGAGAAGUUGGUUGAGAUCAAGGGUCUAGGUCCCCCAGCUCAGUAUGGAUUGUUCCUGGCAGAUGAGGAUCCCAAGAAGGGAGUCUGGUUGGACCCUGGUAGAACAUUGGAGCAUUAUCUCCUCAGGGAUAAUCCUAAACCUGAACAAUUGGAAGAAGAGGAAGAAUUUGACGAUUUUGAGCCUGAAAUGUAUCUGAAGUCAGGAGACACCCUGGAUUACAGGAGGAAGAUAAGAGUUCUCAAAGUCCGUCUUCAAGACAAAAGUUUAAGAUCAAUCAGCGUUGACGAUUCUCAGGUUGUUGCAAACCUGAUGGUGAUAAUCUGCACUAAGAUUGGUAUCACAAACCACGAUGAAUACAGUCUGGCCCAGGAGAGGAAGGAUGAGGAUCAGGAGAACCAGACUCCGAACAACAAGACGAGAACCCUGGGAGGAACCCUCACACUUCGAAGGAAAAAGGGAGAUGAUAAUGAACCCGUUGUGGAUUCCAAGAUGGCCACCAUGAGAAGAAAUCUACACACAGAGGACGGAAUUCCCUGGGUAGAUCACAGCAAGACCCUACGAGAACAAGGGAUAGAAGAAACAGAAAUACUUUUACUCAAACGGAAAUAUUUCUACAGCGACGCAAACGUAGACGCAAGGGACCCAGUCCAGUUGAAUCUGCUAUAUGAACAAGCUAAAGAACAGAUCCUAGAAGGAACCCAUCCUGUAGAGAUAGAGAAGGCAAUCACCUUCGCAGCCUACCAGGUUCAGAUACAGUUUGGAGAUCAUAAAGAUGACAAACAUAAACCUGGGAUGCUCGCAGAUUUGAAAGAAUUUCUUCCCUUGUCCUUCAUGAAGACUAAGAACGUUGAGAAGAGGAUAUUCGGAGAGCACCGAACCCUGGUCGGUAUCUCAGAGAUAGAUGCUAAAUACAAGUACGUCAAGCUAGCCAGGAGCCUGGAUACAUUCGGAGUUCAUUUCUUCCUGGUUAAGUCUGCAGGAGAACAGAUCUCUGCCCUGAUCGCUGGCUACAUCGACAUCAUCCUGAAGCGUCGGCAGCGUAAGGAGAGGUUUGGCGAGGACGGUAACGAGGAGGAGGUGCUGGAGGAGUCCUUCAUAUCUCCUGGCCGGGCCAUUGAGAUUCAUGGACUCCCGGCCAACCUCAAGAAGGCCAAAACAGACUCUCUCGCCAAACCUGGCUUGCUUAGAAACUCUGGCGGGGAGAAGGUGGUGACUAGUGUACAUGCCAGCGGUACUGCCGUUUCUAUGAGUAACGGCAUGCAUAACGGCGGCGGUUUUGAUCCAGGGGCUCAAUAUCCCGAGGUGCAUAAUCUAUUAUCCGAGCCGCAGCGCGCACUUGUGAGCACAAUAAGCGCGGGACAGGAGGCUAUAGAUAACGCCAGCAGGUUGCUAAACGAGAAAGCUAAAUUACCACCCCUUUGUAAUGAUCCGGCCAGCAUCAGAUGGAAGGAGACCCAAUGGAACACUAAUCAGCAGGCUGUACACUCACAAGUUUCAGCAAUGAACGCGGCAACAGCGCAGAUGGUUACAUUGACCGGUCAAGGUGACCGGACUGACCACAAUGCUGUGGGCGCAGCGGUCAACACAAUAUCUACCAAUCUACCUGACAUGGCCAGGGAGGUGAAGAUGUUGGCAGCAUUGAUGGACGACAAAGGAACCGAGGGGGAUGACCUCAUGGGAGCCGCAAGAAGCCUGUGCGGGGCAUUCUCAGAGAUGCUCCGAGCCGCAGAGCCGCAGACAAACGAGCCUCGUCAAACCUUGCUGAGUGCCGCGAGCCGAGUUGGAGAAGCGAGUUACAGGGUGCUCUACACAAUAGGAGAGGAGGAGGUCGUUGACAGGGAGCGACAGGAUCUACUGUUAGGUCUGGCGAAAACCGUCGCGAACAAUACUGCAGCUCUCGUCUUAAAGGCGAAAAAUGUGGCGAGCAAGUGUGAGGACCAGUAUACACAGAACAGGGUAAUUGGCGCCGCUACUCAGUGUGCGCUAGCUACAAGCCAGCUGGUCGCCUGUGCUAAGGUUGUAGCUCCAACUAUCUCUGAUCCUCUAUGCCAGGAUCAGCUGAUAGAGGCUGCCCGUGACGUGGCAAAAUCAGUUGAAGGCUGCGUGUCAACCUGUAGAGAUGUCUGCAGGGAUGAUGGAAGCUUGAUUGAGCUUGGUGGAGCUGCUACUGAUGUAACCAAGGCACUUCACGAGCUGUUGAACCACGUGAAGGACGGGGGUCCUGACAAGAUCCCCGACAUCAUGGAGUCAAUCAUGAUCGCCUCGGGAGAUCUCAUCGCUAGCAAUGAUUCGGGGGAAAUGGUCAGACAAGCCAGAAUAUUAGCUCAAGCUACUGCAGAGUUAAUCCAGGCGAUCAAGGGGGAGGCAGAGAGCCAAUCAGAUUCCGAUCUUCAGAAACGUCUGUUGUCUGCUGCCAAGGCAUUGGCUGAUGCCACAGCUGAUAUGGUGGAAGCUGCCAAGAAAUGCGCCAGCAAUCCUGGCAACGAAAACAGCCAGGAGGCUCUUAAACGUGCAGCUGAGCAGCUCCGAGUCACAACAACAGAAGCUGUGGGAACUACAAUUAAGCGAAAAAUGUUGAAACGUCUUGAAAACAGCGCCAAGCAUGCUGCAGCUACAGCUACACAGUGUAUAGCAGCUAGCCAGGGCGCUGGUCAGCACAACACCAGCCACAAUAGUCAGGAUGAGCUGAUGGAGAGCUGUAAAGCUGUUGCUGAUGUUAUUCCGAAGUUGGUUGAGGGUGUCAAGUACAGUAUGCAGAACCCGAGCUCCGCCAUGGCCCAGUUGAACCUUAUUAACAAUGCUGAGAGGUUCCUAGAUCCAGGAUCAAGAUUGACCAGAUCUACAAAAUCUGCUAUGCCAACUGUGGACAACCAGUCCGCCGCUAUUCAGCUUCAAAACUCCGCCCGGCAGAUGGAAAACGCUCUGAGGGAGCUGAAAUCCGCCAUUACAAAGGCACUGUCCGCCUGUGGUUCCUUGGAGAUAGAAGCAUCUGCAGAUCUUAUCAACUCCUUGGAGUCGGAGCUUGAAGAGUUUAGAGCUGCCGCUCAUGGAUUCCAGCUUAAACCUAUGCCUGGAGAAACUGCAGAUCACGCCACAAUUCAGCUAAACACAGCUAGUAGAGUUGUCAGUUCAACAGUUGCACAGCUUCUCACAGCUGCUUCCCAGGGUAACAGGGAUAUUACAAACAGAGCUGCCAGGGAUACAGCUAAUGCUCUUAGAGAUUUUACAGCUGCUGUACGUGGUGUAGCUGCUACUUCCCAGGAUAAAAACACCCAAAACCGGGUAAUAGAUCAGGCACAGCUUGUCAUGGCAAAAUCAGCUAGACUGGUUCUUGAGGCUCAACGGGCCAUGAGCAAUCCGUCAGAUCCUGGUAAGUCCCAGAUGUUAGCUAUUGCCGGAAAGGAUGUGUCUGUAGCUUUAAACAACACUAUGCGAUGUCUGCCAGGACAGCAAGAGGUUGAAGAAACUAUUUCUCACAUCAACAAUCUGAACUCACAGAUCAGUUCCAACCAGUUCCAUGUAUCUGGUAAACCCUAUGGAGAGCUUCAAAGUCAGUUAACCCAAGCUGCUGAUCGACUGAAUGAUGUCACAUCUGAUGUUGUUAUCUCAGCUCCUGUUCCAGCAGAGCUAGCCAACACUACUCGUCAGUUUGGUCAGGUACUUGGAGACAUGAUGGAGUAUUCCAUGGACAUGGCAGGCCAAACCUCUAUACAUGAGACAAAGACCCACAUGGUGUCGACUAUGAUGAAUGUAACCUCUAUGUCCACAAGCUUCCUGUCCUCAGCCAAGAAUGUAGCAGCAGACCCAAGUGCUCCUAAUGCAAAGAACAACCUCUCAACAGCUGCCAGAGGUGUUACAGAAGCGAUCAAUGAUCUUAUCAAUGUUUACACAUCAGCUGCCCCUGGGCAAAAUGAGUGUGACAGUGCCAUAAGAGCCAUACAGUCUGCAAAGCAUAUGCUAGAGACCCCCUCUGAGCCUGUUACUGAUGAUUCCUAUCAUGAGUGUCUGGAGAAUGUCAUGCAGAACUCAAAGGCUCUGGGAGAUGGUAUGACCGGAAUUGCAAACCAUGCAAAGAAGAGUGAGCAUGAACAAUUUGGCGUGGCAGUAAAGGAUGUUUCAGAAGCCAUUGUUGGAUUGAUAAAAGCAGCAUCCCAGGCCACCUAUCUUGUUGGGUUAUCUGACCCAUCCUCCAUUGCUGGAAGAUUAGGGCUCUUAGAUCAAUCACAGUUUAUGCGAGCAUCUCAGGAUAUUAAAGCUGCAUGCACAACAUUAACUAAUCGCAACAGCACACAACAACAAAUUCUCUCAGCCGCAACUGUAAUUGCUAAGCAUACCAGCUCUCUUUGCAACACUUGUAGAAUUGCAUCUUCAAAAACUAAUAACCCAGUUGCAAAGCGACACUUUGUUCAGUCCGCCAAGGAUGUUGCAAAUGCAACCGCAAUUCUGGUGAAAGAAAUCAAGAAGUUGGACGGGAACUAUACUGAAGAGAACAGGCAGGCCACCGCCAACUCUACCAGACCCCUGAUAGAAGCUGUUGAGAAUCUGACCCAGUUUGCGAGCUCCCCUGAGUUUGCAUCUGUCCCUGCCAAGAUAUCAGCCCAGGGUAGAGAGGCACAAAGACCAAUAUUAGAGUCAGGAAAACAAAUCAUUCAAGGUUCUGUUGGUAUGAUCCAGUCUGCCAAAUCUCUGGCCGUCAACCCGAAAGAUCCUCCCACCUGGCAGGCUCUUGCAAACAGUAGCAAAUCAGUUUCAGACUCCAUCAAAAAAUUAGUUUCAUCAAUAAGGGAAAAUGCUCCAGGACAAAAUGAAUGCCAGGACGCCAUUGAAAAACUAACAAUUUACAUUCGAGAAUUGGACAAUGCAUCAAUUGGGGCCAUGAACCAGAACCUGCCCCCACGUAGGAACAAGGAUGUGAAACAAUUCUCAGAACAAAUGAACAACUCUGCGAUUCAGAUCUCAGAAAAACUAAUUGAAAUUCGAGAAGCAUCCAAGAAUGAGGCGGAAAGGUUAGGUCACUCUGUAACCAGUUUCAUGUCCUACUUUGAACCACUUGUUUCAAAUGCAAUUGGAACUGCCAGCAAUAUGACCAGCUCAAAGCAACAAGUCCUUCUCCUAGAUCAGACAAAGACUGUAGUUGAAUGUGCCCAGCAAUUGCUCUCUGCCUCCAAGGAGAGUGGAGGGAACCCUAGAUCCACUCAUGUUCAUGGAGAUAUUGAUGAAUGCAGCGAUGCCGUUGCAUCUUCACUCCAGGAGAUGAGAUCAACAAUUGAGAGACUAGGACCAAGCAUAGGAGAGGUUUCAAGUAUUGUAAGUUGUAUUUCUGAAGCUAUUAUCCAAGUAGAUGAUUACAGGCCCGGGAGCAGGAAUGAUAAUGAUGAAGGGCUGGUUUCCUUCCAGACUAGGAUGAUGAGUUCUACCAAGGAGAUUGCUAAAACUGCUCAGGAUAUUGUGAUCAAAUCCUCUUCUAAUCCAGCAGAACUAGGAAACCUGGCCACACACAUCUCCACUCACUACACCAGCCUUGCUGUCGACUCCAGGGGAGCAAUUCAGAACACCGAGAGUAAUGAUCUCGCAGAAAGGAUUAAAUCCUCCGUCCAAGACCUAGGACAGGUCACCAUCGAGCUUGUUAAGGCAGCAGGAUCUGUACAGCUGAGCCCCAAUGACACAUAUGUUUUGCGUGAUGUGUCAGACAGCGCCCGCCAUGUUGGAGAAAAAUGCGCUAAUGUAUUAUCCUCGUUGAAUGCUAUUGCACGUGGUACCCAUGCGCUUGAAAAUGCGGCAAACACGGUUUCUGGAAUCCUGGGAGACCUGGAUACAACCAUUAUGUUUGCAACCGCCGGGUCUCUGAACGCUGAAAAUGACGAUGAAAUAUUUGCCGGACAUCGGGAAAAUAUCCUGAAAACAGCAAAAGCUCUGGUUGAAGAUACUAAAACUUUAGUAGCUGGAGCAGCCUCUUCCCAGGAGCAGCUGGCCGUAGCUGCACAGAACGCUGUUUCAACGAUUGUUCAACUCUCGGAUGUAGUAAAGGCAGGAGCAGCAAGCUUAGGCUCACCAAACCAGGAAGCUCAGGUUAUGCUUAUAAAUGCAGUGAAGGAUGUAACCUCUGCUCUUGCAGAUUUGAUGCAGGCAACAAAAUCCGCAAGUGGUAAAAAUAUGCAGCAUCCAGCUAUGCACCAACUAAAGGAUUCAGCUAAGAUCAUGGUAACCAACGUGACUAGUCUUCUCAAGACCGUCAAGGCUGUAGAAGACGAACACACACGAGGAACUCGAGCCCUUGAAGCUACCAUCGAAGCCAUUGCUCAAGAAAUUCGAGCCUUUGAUUCACCUGACGCCCCGAAAUCGAACCUUGGCCCUGAGGAGCUUCUUCGAUCAACAAGGCCGAUUACCAUCGCAACAGCGAAGGCAGUUGCUGCUGGUAAAUCGUGCAAACAAGAUGAUGUAAUCGUUGCUGCAAAUAUGGGAAGGAAAGCGAUUUCUGAUGUUCUCAUUACUUGCAAGGCUGCCGCGUAUGGUUCUGAAUCAGCUGAUCUGCGGGAGCAAGCUCUACAGUUUGGACACGAGGUUGCAGUACAGUACAGGGAACUAUUACAGCUUGUCAUGCAUAUCCUCAACAGACCAACUAACGAGGCUAAGUCCAAUCUUCCGAAUAUUUCACGCAAAAUAGCUCAAUGUGUCACACAGCUGGCUCAAACAGCAGAGCUACUAAAGGGAGCUGACUGGGUAGACCCUGAUGAUCCUAUGCUGAUAGCUGAGAAUGAGCUGCUAGGAGCUGCUGAAAGUAUUGAAAGAGCUGCAAGGAAGCUUGCUACUCUUAAACCUAGGAAGGAAAUCAAGGGAAAGGUUGUUGCUGAGGACAUGAACUUCGAUGAAAUGAUUCUUGAGGCUGCGAAGAGUAUUGCAAACGCAACCUCGCACUUGAUUAAGGCGGCCUCCGAGGCCCAGAAGGAGUUGGUUCUGGAGGGGAAGGUCAAGCAGAGGACGCAUAUAGGAUCCGAGGACGCUUUAAUUCACGCCGAUAGGUUCUUUGCUCAAUAUCAGGGGGGGGGGGUCCAAAAAUUUGGUUUUCAAAUUACAGUAUUCCUACAUCAGGGUAAAAUUAUAAAAAAUAAGCAUUCAAAUAUUUAUCAGGUUUCUGCUGCCACAGCUCAGCUGCUUCUGGCCUGCAAGGUUAAAGCUGAUCCAAACAGUCAAGCGCUUAAACGGCUAGAGAAUGCAAGUAAUGCAGUAAGGAGAGCUACCGAAAAUCUGGUCAAAGCAGCUCAGGUUUCCAUCAAGGAGAAUGAGGAGGAGGAGGGAUUAAUGAUCGAUACUUCUGCAGGAUCAGUUAAAGCACAAGCCCAGUAUAUUGAAAUCCAAGAGGAAGUAUUGAAGAAGGAACGUGAAUAUAAGAUGGCCCAGGAGAAACUAAAGAAAAUGCAUAUCGAGAGAUACAAGACGGACUCAGAAACAGAACACUCAGGAUAUGAGUCCUCAGGAUAUGAUUACACCCCAACCUUCUAUACUUCAAGACAGGUCUACACAGCUAGUCCUAACUACUCCCAUACCAGUUACUAUGCCGAGUCUAGAAAAAACGACUCCUUCAGCAAAACAAAUGACUCCCUAAACAAGACGAAUGACUCCAGUGCUAUGGAAAGCAGUAUCGAGUCUGGCCCGAGCUUCACCGAGUCCCUCCAGAGGUUCAAAACUGCCUCCGGACACAACGCGCAGAUGUCCAGCUGGAAGAAGAGCAUGCAAAGCUCGAGCUCGAGCUCGGUGUCCAAGCGCGUUGAGGAGACAAGAACUAUGAUCACCCAGAGCUCUCAGAAACGAUAUCAUUUAGAAUAAUGCUAGCACCAUACCUCCCUUAACAGCAUGCCCUUGUAAAACGUGGGAUUCGGGAAUUUUGCUUUAAUUCCAGUUUCUCCCAUUUUUCAAUAACUUUAUCUAGUCCAGAGGGUUUCAAGAGAUGAGAUUUAGUUUUCCUUGUUCAUUUGUUUGAAUAAUAUUAAAACAUGA